AUUUCGGUUGGGGCUGGACCGGGACAGGAGAGCGAACGGACGGCUCUUCUGCGGAAAGUCAACGCGUGUCCAGGACUUUAUUUCCCGUUUCUCCCCUCUUUUUUUUGUCUGUGUUCCCCCUUAACUGAAAUGAGGGAAUAAUCCACACUGGACCAGCGGUGCACAAGUUUUGAAGUUGGAAAUAUUUCGGAACGGACAAGAAGAUGGAGGGGUUAAAGGUCAUUGCCCUGUGCCUUAUUUUUGGUGCCCUGAGUAACGGCCAGAUACCUGAAUGCAACAAAAAGAGAGACUGUCCUAUUGAUGUGUACUUCACCAUUGACACGUCUGAGACCAUCGCCCUGCAGGAGACUCCCCCUGGAUCACUCGUGGAGAGCAUUAAGCUUUUCAGUGAGCAAUUUGCAGAUCGUUUGGAAGCGGCCGAACUUCGAGGUGCUGUGCGAAUCAACUGGAACAUCGGUGGACUGCACUUCUCCCAGAGACAGCAAGUGUUCAGCCGCAUUGGAUCCAAGAGUGAUUUCAUCUCUGGUGUCAGGGGAAUUCGUUACCUGGGAAAGGGCACCUACACGGACUGCGCCCUCACCAACAUGACCAUGGAAAUGCUGCGCUCACCCUCAUACCCCAACGCCCUGAGAUUCGCCGUGGUCAUCACCGACGGUCACGUGACCGGAAACCCCUGCGGGGGUAUCAAAGUGGCGGCGGAAAGGGCGCGGGACGAGGGCAUCCGUAUUUUUGUGGUGGCGGCAUCCAAGAACAUUGACGAGACCGGACUGAGGGAGAUCGCCAACGCUCCGGCGUCGGUCUACAGGAGGGACUUCUUGGCUGUUGAUCUGAGCUCUGGAAGAGCUGUCAUCCAGACGGACACCAUCGACCGCAUCAUUCAGACCAUGAAACAUCAAUCAUUUGUUGAGUGCUACAAAGUGUCUUGCCUGGAGACAGCCGGGCCACCAGGUCCAAAAGGUCACCGAGGACAGAAAGGUGCUAAAGGAGACAAUGGUGAUCCAGGUCCAAAAGGACAGAGGGGGCGUCCAGGCGACCCAGGUAUCGAAGGACCCAUCGGUCAGCCUGGUAUCAAAGGAGAGCCCGGACUUAAAGGCGAGAAGGGAGAGCUGGGAGCUCAAGGGAAAAAGGGUGUGGCCGGAAUCGCAGGACGUAACGGAACAGACGGACAGAAGGGUAAAAUUGGACGGAUAGGCGCUCCCGGCUGCAAAGGAGAUCCAGGAGACAGAGGUUCCGACGGUCACCCGGGAGAUGUCGGCGAACGUGGUUUUGCCGGAACUCCCGGAGACAAGGGAGAUCCUGGACGUCCUGGAAGAUCUGGUCCUUCUGGCAUUUCUGGUGAAGGCGGACCGAAGGGAGAAAGGGGAAGUCCCGGAUCGCCCGGCUUGCCUGGACUGAAAGGAUCUGCUGGCACUCCAGGACUUCCUGGAUCAAGAGGAGAGCCUGGGAGGCGAGGGGACUAUGGACCAAAGGGUGCUCAAGGACCAGAUGGAGUCAGGGGGGACAAGGGUGAAAUGGGAUCAGAGGGCUUGAGGGGUCUUCCGGGCGAAUCAGGAAACAAAGGCGCAAAGGGGGACAAUGGCCUUCCAGGCCCCAGAGGACCACCGGGCACACCAGGAGAGCCUGGACGCAAUGGCACGCGAGGUGACUCUGGCGAUGCUGGACCGAGAGGUGAUCCGGGACAAGUUGGGCCAAAGGGAGACCCCGGAAGACCGGGCUUCAGUUAUCCUGGACCAAGAGGAUCCUCGGGCGAGAGAGGAGAGAAGGGAAAUCGUGGACCUCGUGGCAGCAGAGGAGACUGCGGGUCCAAGGGUGAGCCCGGAAAUAAAGGGCCCUCGGGAGAGCCUGGUGAACCGGGACCUCAGGGUGAGCCUGGACCCAGAGGACCUCGAGGUGACCCUGGGCGUGAUGGAGAUUCUGGUCCCGAGGGAGACCCCGGCCUCACUGAAUGUGAUGUCAUGAAUUACAUCAGGGAAACAUGCGGCUGCUGCGAUUGUGAAAAACGAUGUGGCGCUCUGGACAUUGUGUUUGUGAUCGACAGCUCCGAGUCAGUUGGCCUGACCAACUUCACUUUGGAGAAAAACUUUGUCAUCAACACCAUCAACCGAUUGGGAUCGCUGGCCAAAGACCCCGAGUCAGAAACAGGCACAAGAGUGGGAGUCGUUCAGUACAGUCACAGUGGAACUUUCCAGGCCAUCCGCCUCGACGAUCCCAAAAUUGAUUCACUCUCCGCUUUCAAGGAUGCAGUGAAGCGCAUGGAGUGGAUCGCCGGAGGAACGUGGACUCCAUCUGCUCUGAAGUACGCCUACGACAAUCUGAUCAGGGACAGCCGCAGAGCCAAAGCCAACGUCACCGUGGUGGUGAUCACCGACGGACGUUUCGACCCCAGAGAUGAUGACUCCUUGCUCACCUACCUCUGCAGCGAUCCCAGUGUGGACGUGAGCGCCAUCGGAAUUGGGGACAUGUUCGACCAGAUUGAGGAGAAUGAAAUUCUGAAGAGCAUAGCCUGCCAGAGGGAUGGAAGGGUGCUGGGCAUGAGGCGCUUUGCCGACCUGGUGGCUGAGGAGUUCAUUGACAAGAUCGAGACCGUCCUCUGCCCAGAUCCUGUUGUUAUAUGCCCCGAUCUGCCAUGCAAGUCAGAGCCCGCCGUGGCCAGCUGCGUGCAGCGGCCGGUCGACGUGGUGUUCCUCUUGGACGGCUCCGAGAGGAUGGGACUGGAGAACCACCGCCGGGCCAAGGAGUUCAUUGAAAACAUGGCUCGCCGCCUCACCCUGGCAAACGGCCCGUCAGAUGAGAGGAAUGCCCGUUUUGCGUUGGUGCAGUACGGCAGCCCCACAGAACAGCGCGUCGAAUUCCCACUCACGCACAACUUGACGGUGAUCUCGGAUUCGCUGGCGAGAGUCACCUACAUGGACUCUUCCUCGGCUCUGGGCAACGCAAUCAUCCACGCUGUCAACAAUGUGGUUUAUCGAGCGGGCGCGCAGGGGAACCGCUUGGCUCGCCGCAACGCCGAGCUGGCCUUCGUGUUCAUCACUGACGGCAUUACAUCCAGCGAACAGCUGGAGGAGGGCGUGUCCUCAAUGAAGCGAGCCGAGGGCGUUCCAACGGUCAUCGCCUUGGGAAGUGACACGGAUGAGGAGGUGCUGCGGAAGGUGGCGCUCGGUGACAUGUCGUCCAUCUUCAGAGGCGACGACUACGCCGUGUUGAACAAGCCGUCUUUCUUUGAGCGUUUCAUCCGCUGGAUAUGCUAGUCAGGAACUGCGACGCUCCACGCCAUAGAAUUAGAAUUCGUAGAAUGAAAGAAGGCACAGUCCUUCAAGGUACUCGUGAACACAAAAGCACCAACCCAACCUCUAUGAGCAUGAUCGUUACCGAAUGUAAAAGCACUGAUGCAGCUUGAUAUCCCACUGGUAUGCGUGGAGAUUGUUUGACUCCCCCUCCAAAAAAAAAAAAAAAAAGAACAUUUAAGUUCGGCCGAUUAUCUGUCACUAGUUUGUUCUAUUCAUUCUAAAUCUAUGGUCAGCUGUCCAACCUAAAAACACUCAUCAAAGAUUUGUAUAAUAUGCAUUUUUGUAUGAAGCUAAUGGUAGGCUUUGUUUUGAGGUUUUUCUUUUUCUCACUCACAGUUAUCACAAAGUCAGUAUUUUUACGUGAAAGGUGCUAAAGUAGAGAAAAGGACAAAGCCAUUUGUAGUUCUGAGGACUUUUUUUUUACAUGAUUAUAAUAAACUGUACAAUCGUUUGCCAGGGGAAUACAAACAAAAUCUGUCAUAUCCCACAUGAGUGCCACAGGAUCAACCACACGCUGAUACAAAUCCAAAAACAGCCACAUCUGUAAACAUGAAAUUCAAAUAAAGUCAAAUGUGGCAACUCCCA